AAAAUUCCUCAAAAGACGUUAUUACAGCUAUUUAAAGCAGAUGAAGUUGCAAAGGAUAUUGUGACGGGAAUAAAUAUCACGAAGCAGAAGGAUCAUUUUGAAGAUAACUUCAACAGUAUGAAGAGUACACACUGCAAUGUGAAUUGCAGUCAACAGCCAACACUUGUGACAUCACAGUUACAUCACUCUACAGGCAACCUCCAGCAGAGGUCUCAGCUUGAAAAGGACAUUGAUGAGGUUUAUGUCACUGAUGUACCACAGCUUCUAUCAGAGCAUCACUGCCACCAAACCCCUCAAUGUGACAAUGGAACACCUGCGACACAUCACCUAACAGAGCAUCUACCACCACGUACUCAUCCAGUGAAGGUAUAUGAUGAGCUUUCUUUCACUCCUAUUACAACACUUCACUCAGGACAUGGCUGCAGCAGGAACUCUGAACGUGACACAACUGAGAGAUUUCAUGCAAAGAAAGAAAUGCACAUGUGUGCUGAAUGCAAUAAGUCUUUCACACGUGCCAGUGGCCUGAAAAAGCAUCAAGCCAUUCACACAGGACUGAAACCAUAUAAAUGCACUGAAUGCAAUAAGUGUUUCACACAGCUAGGCAAUCUUCAGCAGCAUUAUGCCAUUCACACAGGAGUGAAGCGAUAUAAAUGUACUAAAUGCUGUAAGUGUUUCACAUAUCUCAGCAAUCUUCAGGCACAUCGUGUCACUCACACAGGCAUGAAACAACAUAAAUGUACUGAAUGCAAUAAAUCUUUCACACGUGCCAGUAGCCUAAAAAAUCAUCAAGCCAUUCAUACAGGACUGAAACCAUAUAAAUGUACUGAAUGCAGUAAGUGUUUCACACGACUAGGCAAUCUUCAACAGCAUUUUGCCAUUCACACAGGACUGAAACCAUAUAAAUGUACUGAAUGCAAUAAGGGUUUCACACAGCUAAGCAGUCUUCGACAACAUUAUGCCAUUCACACAGGACUGAAACCAUAUAAAUGCACUGAAUGCAAUAAGUAUUUCACACAGCUAGGCAAUCUUCGACAGCAUUAUGCUAUUCACACAGGAGUGAAGCAGUAUAAAUGUACUGAAUGCUGUAAGUGCUUUACAUAUCUCAGCAAUCUUCAGGCACAUCGUGCCACUCACACAGGCAUGAAACAAUAUAAAUGUACUGAAUGUAAUAAGUCUUUCAAAUGUGCCAGAGGCCUGAAAAAGCAUCAAGCCCAUUCACACAGGCUUGAGCACUGGGUUCCUAAUGGAGAGAUGAAAAGUCAGCAAGCAAAGGAGCGUAAUAGUGCUGAAGUU